AACUAUAAAACAAAUUGACUACUUCGAUACCAGACUCUGACUUGGGUAAUUACAGCGACGAUUAAUGUUAGAGACACGAGUUCAAAAGUGAGUCACAGCAAUAAAACCAAAGAACCAAACAAACUAUAAACCUAAAAUUAUUUUAAGCACGCGCUGCAAUGAGAGCAAAACGGUGGCUAUAAACAAGAUGGCCGCUGAGCACGCCACUUCGUUUAUAAGUCACAAUUUGUUUAUUUACAUUGCUAUCUCUCUCUUGCUGCCGAUGGCAGACGAGGGUGCUGCGAAAGUUUACGAGGAUAUUCGAAACUUCCCGAAGGAUGAGAAACGGUUGACAAGAGAAUAUCACUUGAGGCAGGGUGCCUUAAGGGGGUUGAUAGUAAAACCUGGUAAACAGUAUGAUUUGCAGCCAGUGGAAAUGUUCCUAGGUAUCCCAUAUGCCGCGGCUCCAGUUGGACAUUUACGAUUUAUGCCACCAGUCAGUGCUCCUCCCUGGUCUGGUGUGAAGAUGGCGACACGCUUCGCACCAGUCUGUCCUCAAUCUCUGCCCGUUAUCAAGAAGGGUAACCCACCGUCCUUGGGAAGACAGCACUACCUGAACAGACUGAAGCCUUUCCUCGCUCAAGAGUCGGAGGACUGCUUGUAUUUAAAUAUCUACGUACCUUACAGAGAACAUAAGUCCAAGAAAUUUCCAGUACUGGUGUUCAUACAUGGUGACUCGUUUGAGUGGAGCUCGGGCAACUCAUACGAUGGCAGGAUUUUGUCUUCCUAUGGCAACGUCAUGGUCAUCACCGUUAAUUUUAGAUUGGGAAUCUUAGGUUUCAUGAAACCGAGUAUCACUGAGCAUGUCUACGGUAACAACGGCCUUCUAGACCAACUAGCAGCGUUACAGUGGAUAAAAGAUAACAUAGAAGAUUUAAACGGUGACCCAAAUUCUGUGACUCUGAUGGGGCAUGGAACGGGAGCCGCGUGUGUAAACUUUCUCAUGCUAUCUCCUAUAUCUAACGGAUUAUUCCAUCGAGCGAUACUUAUGUCAGGAUCUGCGUUAUCUGAUUCAGCGAUGACAAAGGAUCCCACUCAGUACACAUUGCAAGUCGCUCAGAGUUUGGGUUGUAAUUUAAAUUCCAAGAAUAUGAUGGCAUGCUUACAAAAUAAACCACUAUCAGAAAUAAAGAAAGUACAAAUACUAGCUCGCGAAUUCGAAACAGCGUUAGGGCCAGUGGUCGCCGGUUCAUUUAUUCCAAGUGAACCAUCAAAAACAAUGGACGCGUUUCCAAAUCUUCUGAGCAAAUACCAACUGUUAAGUGGCGUCACAGAACUUGAGAGCUAUCAUGAUUUUGGUGUGAUAGAGCUCGAUCAUGGUAUUUUGGAGAAUCAAAGAGAUGAAUUCAUUACAAAGUUUGCCAAAAUAGUUUUUGAAGGAGCGGAAGAUGUGACUCUGAAGGAGGUUUUAAAACAAUACUCUCCAUCAAAAUUGGAUCCUCAACGUUGGAGUGUAGAGACAAACCGUGAUGUAAUUUUAAAUCUAUUCAGUGAUGCCCGGACCUUGGCACCUAUGAUCAGUUUCGCUAACUACCAAUCGAAGGCCAAUAGACAAUCUUAUUUUUACGUCUUUGGCCACAAUUCUGUCAGUACGGAUUAUGCACCGCUAAACAAAAGUGUUCAUGGUGAAGAAAUCCCAUACGUUCUGGGUAUUCCUCUAGGUGGGGCCAAUACACAUUUUCAUUCCGAAUACACUCAACAGGAGAAACUUCUCAGCGAGGUGAUAAUGAGGCUAUGGACAAAUUUUGUGAAAAAUGGAUCACCAAAUACACAAAGUGUGAGCGAAUAUUUCACAUUCGAUAAGAAGCUGUGGAACCAAUACAACGUGGAAUGGCCGGAGUACAAUAUUGCUCAUCAACCGUAUUUAAGAAUAGACUUGCCGCCCUCUAUAAAUAGUUUGUAUAGAUCUAACUAUACGAGCUUUUGGAUUGAAACGUUACCAAAUAAAAUGAAGAGGUUCAUUGUUGAUCCUCUUUUCGAGUUUACUCCUACACCAUCAACACACAGACCAAAACCUAGCCAUAGAAUAACAGAUCCCAUUCGAAAAAUUUGGACUCCUCAAGUAUAUAACCCACCUCACUAUAGUUCUCCAACAGCUUAUGGUAAAUUACGGCCAUAUUCACCACCUGUAUCAAAACCGGAUACUGAAUCGAUAUACCGAGAAAUACAAUUAAUAAAAACGCCAUCACGACCCAUACCGUCCGGUUUAAUGGAAAAAACUGUACACACUACUGUAAAACCAAUAACUGAAAUACCUGUUAAAACAUCUAGCGCUACUAUCACUCUUGUUGUUUCCCUUGGAAUAUUAUUUCUGGCUAUAAAUGUUGGUAUAUGCGGUGUAUUUUAUUAUAAAAAGCGAAAAUCACAAAUUAGAGAAAGAUCAUUCGAAGUUUCUAAUCAACCUCGCGCUGAAGUCGGUGAAGUGGAUGUCAUAGGGCAAAAAAGUUCAAAGGACGAUAAAAGUGCAUUACAAACCUUUAAAAAUGGUUGCAGUGUGAUCAAAUCGAUGAGUAUAACCAAAAUUCGAAGCAAUAGCAAAAAAGUGAAAAAGAAAGAAGUUUGUAAAACUCCAAAAUCUGACGAUUCUGGUGGUUUUAGAGAACGUUUUCAGCUACGAAGGCAUUUAUCUACCAGUACUCUCGAUGCUCACACUAAAGUUAGGGACUGGAUUGCAAAUGGAGUUAUGCAUAGAUGUUCCCCAAGUAUACUGAGGAAAUCUAACUCUGAAUUAAAUGACAAUUCAUUUAUAAAUACUAAGCCUUACACAAGGUCUGAAGAAUUACUUUCUGAUUCAAGAAAAAUAACAAAAGAAACUUUAAAAAUCAAUGAAUCAUUAAGUCCGAACAAUCUUUUGGGAAAAAACUAUAGUGGAAAAAACAAAACAUCAGAAAAAACAACGUCAACAUCGGCUUUAGAUUCACAUUCAUCUCUAAUUAGUAAUAAGCAAUCAACUUUAGGUAAACGAACAAAUAAAUCAAAUGAUUCUCUUAGAAGCAAAGGAACGGACAGUAUUAAGUCUAGAAAGGUUUCCGUUGCUAUCGAUGCUACACCUGCAGCUCGAACUAAUUCUAUUUUAAAGCAAGAACCAAUAGAACUUUCGAAAUCAUUUGAUGAAUCAAAACAUUCCAGUACGGAAAAUAAAUUACAGAGGUCAAAAACUGAUGGUGCAAUUAUAUCUGAAAGUAUUAAUAUCGCCGUAGGUAAAAAUGAAGUUACUAAAACUUACACUAAUGAGGUAAUAUUGGCCCUGAACCAAAAUAACGCAAUUAAAAUAUCACAUAAGCAUUCUACUUCUGACCCAGUGACAGAUGUUAAUUAUGAGGUUUUAAAAGAAAAAUUACGACGCGAAGCGGAAGUUAUUGACAUACUUCCUCCAGUUACUUUCCGAAAUGAAGUGAAUGUAACUUCGAGAGACGACAAAAUGAAAGCUGAGCCACUCUCCGCGGAAGAGGCUUUAAUGACUAUUAAAAGGAGAAAUUACCCAAAAGUGCUUCCAGAUUUGCCAAAUGCACAUAAAAGAUUGUCUCUACAAACAACCGCUUUUCAAACGUUUCGUGGGUACGUUGGAGGUGGUAGUAUUGAUAAUCAACAAGAUAGAUCAAAAGUUCCACCACAACCUCCACCGCGAACAACAACUUUGGAACGACGUCUCGCAUAUAAAAAUUCUAAGCAACUUUCUUCUUUUGACGUUUCAAACGUGAAAAAGAUUUCUGAAUCUGAUAUUUCAAAUAGGAAUUACGAGAAUAUAGAUAAUUUGUCACCUGUAACUGAUAAAAAGUCAUACAAUAAAUCAAUUGAAUCUGUUAGUAGGAGUGAUAAAUCGGGUAGUCACCGAGAAUAUCCUAAGGUGAUUAUUGCAUCUAGUGAUACACCGUGUACUCCAGAACCAACAAUUUUCAUCAAACCUUCACCUAGUCAAAUUGAAAUUCCAUCAAACGGACCAAGGGUUAGGUUACCUGAUGAUUUUCAUUCACACGCCUCGGGAUCUGUUACUUCUUUUUCUUCAUUUUAUUCUGAUGAUGAUAUAAAUGAUGAAGUUGAUGACGAAUUCCUUGAUAAUCUCGCUGAAGAUAGAUUAAUUCAGGAAUUAGUUGGUGGAGUAGAAUCACCAACAGAUAUGGAUGUUUUAGAUUCAAAAGGCCCAGAAACAAUAUUUGAAAAGAAAGUGGAAAUUGUACCAGUUAAAAUAAACACAGUACAUAUCGAUCCAAAAAGUAAAGAAAACUAUGUAUGUAUUUCAGAUUUACUUUUACCUGAUGUAAGCAGCUUGGAACAAACAGCACAAAUAAAGGCCAAUUUCAGUUUGAACAAGUUAAAGAACAGAAGUGAAAGUAUAAAUAGUCCUCCCGAAAAAGCAGUGAAAGUGAAACCAAGGAAAACAAUAAAGCCUCCGUCGAUUUUAAAUAGAGCUACAAAAGGCAGUAGCGGUAGUAGCUUUAAAAGUAAAUCUGAUUCUAGCAAAUUAGAACAUUCAAAUUCUGGUUCAUCCAAUGAUACGGAGACCAGUACAGGAACUGUACGUAAAGUUCAAUUGUAGUAAUAUUGUUUAGA